UCGGUUGGUUUGUAUGCGAGCGCGUGGUGUGGUUGUAAGUUGUAACAGUGGUUCGUGGGGUCUAUUCUGUGUACAAGAGGAAGAUGGAUAGACCGAGCACGAGCCGGCAGUCGAUGGAGAAGGUUGAUAAGGUGGAAAUGUAUGAGGUCCGGGAACAUGUGCCGUACCACGCUGAAGUGACCAGAGCGCCGGGGUCCGCGGAAUAUGACGCAGAGAGCGGCCAACUUUAUACUAGCUCUUGGGAAGCAGCAUGGACUGCCAUCUGUCAGCUGGUCAACCUCCUCCACCAUAUGCAAGUGGCUAUAGUCACGUUUGUGAUGUGGCACUUCGCGCUCACUUCAGCCCCCAACGGAUCCAUCAGCAAUUUACAACUUCACAUCAUAUUUGCCGGCACAGGAUACCAGUUAUUCCUGGUAGAAGCAAUCUUGACGCUACACCGACACAACUCCUGGUCGUUCCAACUGUCUCCAGACGGCAAGCGUAUAGUCCACGGAUGCUUACAACUCAUCGGCUCCGUAUUCGUCAUCGCUGGGACAUUCCUAGGCCUGGCUGAGACCAAUAUGGAAGUCUCCACUCCGCAUGGGAUUUGUGGUGUGAUAGCUCUUGGCUUCUCCCUCAUAAGCUUCAUAACGGGCAUCGUGACACUUUUCUCCGCAAAAGUUCGACUGAUGGUCAAGACUGGACCUAUUAAGAUCCUCCACGUCGCUGUCGGCCUAUUUUCAGUUUCCAUGGGCCUUGUGACCAUAGCCAUAGGGUUCAACAUGGACUACUUCAGCUCCUCCCAAGGAACAUCGAUAUCAGGAGCGAUGAUAUCGUUUGUUGCGUUUAUUCUAUUCUACGUCAUGAUCCAACCGAUUGUCGACCUAGUGUCUACUACUAGAAAAAAUAUGUGACUAAAUGUUGCUGGCUCCACUGAUGAGGGUAGUACAGCGUGAAUGGACAUUGUGGUUGAUAAUGUGAGUGGCUAAUAAAAAAUAUUCUUAAAAAUAAAAAGCACAUUUAAAAAUACAGUAAAUUAUUUGAUGUUUAUGUACAGUAACAUACAGAAUAACAAAGUGUUUGCCACUUACUAUGUUUAAAUGAUAUUGAUUGGUGAAUUAUAUUUUAACUAAAUUAUUAAUUUAAGAUUUUAAUUUGUAUUAAGUAUAUUUUUAAUUAAUAAUCAAUAAAAAGAAAACAGACACAAAAAAUAAAAAGGUAAGCACAACAUUGAAUGGUUCAAAAUUUUAGUUUUUAAGCAUAAUUUAUGAUUAUGUAUAAAAAUUAUCCAGUUUUGUAUGAGCGUAUUUGGGUUCACUUUUAUUCCAAUCAAAAUAGCAAUAAACAAAAUCAACUACUAAUACUAAUUACGUGUAUUAUGUCGUUUUAAAAUUAAGUUUGUUUAUAUUUGUAUAAACACUUGUAUUGUUAUUGUAGAAAUAAAUAAUAAUAUUAAGUAUCUAUUGUGUAAGUGACCUAAUACGUGUGUGGUUGACGUCGAAUAAAGUGUUUUUAAUAAA